GAGCAAAAGAAAGAGUGGGCAGCCACUCUGGUGCACUCUGGUGGUUCUUGCAGCCGCGUCAGUGUUUGCUUGAUCCCCAAACAGUCCCAACUGUGGCAUUGUGGCUCAUGCAAGAUUCAACAGAACACUGCACAGUAAUCCCAGUGGAUGCAUUUAAAUGGGGAAGGCUGGGUUUUCUUCUCUAAAACUUUUUUGGACAUUUUUCUUGGAUUCAUGAAAGUGCUGCAACUCCAUGAACUAAUCUUCUUUCAGCUUUGUGGACAGUUUGGAUACAUAUUUUUGGACAUCAUGUUGUUGCUUCCUAGACCAGACGAACUUCCUCAAAAAAUCACAUCUUUGGAAACAUGAAGAGCCUCUAAUGCGCUUUGAACAUUGCCAAACAGGACUCCCAAGGUGUGAAAUGUAAGCAGUAACUGCAAAGUAAAGAUUAACUAUUAUUUAGUGAGGAAAAAUUCAACAACUUUGUUUUGAACAGAUUUAUGAUGCUUGUAAAAAGUGCAGAUUUUUCAGUUCUGUUAACUGUGAAGUGAAAAACACAUCUUCAACUUCUUCUAACUGAACUGAGCUGGUGAAUAAUGGAUGGAAACCUGAGCGCCUCAGCAUCCUUGGAGAUUAACGCAACAAAAUCCUACCAUGAUGCAGCCGGACCCUGGAGCCUUAUCAUACUGGUCAUCAUCAUACUGAUCAUAGUAGUAGGAAACCUGCUGGUCAUCAUCGCUGUAGCGCGCACUUCGCAGCUACAGACAACGACAAACAUCUUCAUUAUGUCCCUUGCGUGUGCGGACCUCAUCAUGGGGGUCCUUGUGGUGCCUCUGGGGGCCACAAUUGUGGUGACGGGUGACUGGCAGCUCAGUGACACGUUUUGUGAGUUCUGGACUUCUGUGGAUGUCUUGUGUGUGACGGCAAGCAUCGAGACACUGUGUGUCAUAGCGGUGGAUCGGUAUAUAGCCAUUACAAGGCCACUCCGACACAAGGUCCUACUCAAUAAGUGGCGUGCUAGAGUAAUAGUUUGUUUAGUGUGGGUUGUGUCUGCCCUAAUUUCCUUUGUGCCAAUUAUGAAAGGGUAUUGGCGUGCAGUAGAAGACCCUGAAGCGCAGAGGUGCUACAGUGACCCUGCAUGCUGUGACUUUGUGACCAACUGGGCCUUUGCUAUUAUAUCUUCUAUAGUGUCUUUUUACGUUCCACUGCUCAUAAUGAUAUUUGUGUAUGCAAAAGUCUUUCUAAUAGCGACACGGCAGGUCCAGCUCAUAGAUAAGAAUCGCAUGCGUUUUCAGAAUGAGUGUGCGACAGCACAGAUGCAAGUUGGCCCCCACAUCAACAAUAUCCUGCCAUCAGCGUGUGUGGGCUCCAGCGGCUGCAACACUGCAGUCAGGAGAAAGAGUGCCAAGCGAAGGCCAUCACGGCUAAUAUUGGUAAAAGAGCAUAAGGCCCUCAAGACUUUGGGUAUCAUCAUGGGGACCUUCACUGUGUGCUGGCUGCCGUUCUUUGUCGCCAACAUCAUCAACGCUUUUAACAGAGACGUUCCCCCUGAGAAGAUCUUCCGACUGUUGAACUGGCUGGGUUACAUCAACUCUGGCCUCAAUCCUAUCAUCUACUGCAGGAGUCCAGAGUUUCGUACGGCGUUCAAAAACCUGCUGGGCUGCCCGUGGCUGUCCACCCUGCGGCUCAAUACUUUCUAUAAAGAGCUGCGGACUCGCUGCUCCUGCUUUCUAUUGCAAGCUGAGUCAGGCACGGCUGGCUCUUUCCAAAAGUCUCCGACCGGUAGGACUGAGGGCAACGAGAGCCUGGCCAGUUCACAGGGCAGCCGCAAAAGUGAGGAGGCUUCCCCUGGUCCUCUGCAGUCCAACGGCAGCACACAGUUCAGUGACUUAUCAGAACCAGAAACCAAAUUGAAAAGGAUGGAUGAACUGUAGAAUGUCGAGCCACUGAAGCAAACUAUGCUCUCCAGCAGAUACUGUGAUUCCUGCAAAGGCUGAGACCAAACAGCAGUAAGGACAAGCUAAAGAAGACUACAGCCACCGGCUCUGAUAAAUGUAGCUGCGCCCAAAAGAGAUGACUGGAUUGACUGUGUAGAACCAGUCAGGAACACUGUGACUGCCUCUGUGGACAGGAGAUGGUCUGCUGCAACUCAGCGCUUCACAGACAUUAGCUGACACAAAAGCUGACCUUCCCAGUGUGAUCUAAAUACUGUUUGCAAAAGACUCUCUGUUCCUGAAUAAGAAAAUACUUAGCUGCAAGUUUUGAAUCAAAAAUCAAAAAAGACAGCUUAAACUCAGUUUUGUAAAGUAUAUUAUCUGCUAAGUUAUCUAUUUAUGAUACACUGAAUCUGUAGCAAAAUACAAAAGUUGUCUAACUUGAUACAAGGUCAUCAUUCUGGCAAGGCUGUCUGUCAAGUUAACAAUCAUUCAUUUUCAUCACCCAAACUGUUCAGUGUAAUAUCAGCUAAACCAAAGGGCUGUGCAUUCAAAUACUCUAUUCUGGUGUCUGUUUUCAGUCUUAAUUUUUCUGUUUUGAACCUGGACUCUGCAUCCGCACAAUAGUUAUCUUGCUUAAAUCCCCUAGUCUAUAUUAGGUUAUACCAUGACUAUGAAAAAUGGCUGUUAUAAGAUCUUAUAUCAGGACAUCUCAAACAAAAUUCAUUACAGUUUAAUCAUCAGAAUAAGUCAUUGUGCAAGGUACAGUAUGUGAGCAUAGCAAAAUAUGUCUGCUAUGUUGCCAAUAAAUUCCCUAUUCUUUUUUCCGUCUGGUAAGUGGCCAUGGUAUAAAUGGUAACACACUCUGAUAUAUCCAAAUAUAGAAAAAUAAUGGACUUGAUGUCAUCCAUUAUUUUUUUGUAUUGGGACACUUUUUUGUGUGUUAUUACUUACAUAACAUCAUCUGUUGCAUUGAGAAAUAAA